AUGAAUGACAUAUACAUGAUGCUGAAGUCACACUUUUUCUUUCCAGAUGCAGAUAGUUGCACCAAGUGCCCAGAAGAUCAGCAUCCCAACCUGGAUCACACUCAAUGCAUUCCCAAAGAUAUUACUGUCCUUUCUUAUGAGGAGACUUUGGGGAUUAUCCUCAUUGUUUUGGUCCUGCUCUUGUCCAUAGUUACACUGCUAAUUCUAGGAAUCUUCAUUAAAUAUAGUGAUACGCCGAUAGUCAAAGCCAAUAACCGAGACCUCACCUAUAUUCUUCUCGUCUCACUCCUGCUUUCCUUUCUGUCCUCCCUUCUAUUCAUUGGCCAGCCAAGGAGGGUGACCUGCCUUCUCCGACAAACCACCUUCAGCACCAUCUUCUCAGUUGCUGUCUCUUCUGUGUUGGCUAAGACAAUCACUGUGGUGGUGGCGUUCAUGGCCACCAAGCCAGGAAACAGGAUGAGGAAAUGGCUGGGGAAGAGUCUGGCAAACUCUAUCGUCAUUCUGUGUUCCACUGUUCAAAUUGUCCUUUGUCUCACCUGGCUGGGCAUCUCUCCCCCCUUCCCAGAGUUUGACAUGCACUCAUACAGUGCACAGAUCAUAUGGCAAUGCAAUGAAGGGUCUGUGGCCAUGUUUUAUGGUGCCCUGGGCUACAUGGGCAUCUUGGCUGCCAUCUCCUUCACAGUGGCUUUUCUGGCCAGGAAGCUUCCUGGGGCCUUCAACGAGGCCAAGCUGAUCACCUUCAGCAUGCUGGUCUUCUGCAGUGUUUGGGUGUCCUUUGUGCCCACCUACCUGAGCACCAAGGGGAAAUACAUGGUAGUCAUGCAGGUCUUCUCCAUCUUGGCCUCCAGUGCUGGGCUGCUGGGCUGCAUCUUCAUCCCCAAAUGUUACAUCAUUGUAGUGAGGCCUGAUCUGAAUAUCAAGGACCAUCUCAUGGUGAAAAGCCAAGAUGGAAUUUGA